AAUUCGUAUUUCAUAAAUAUUUUAUUUACUGAGUAGUAACGAAGUCGUUUAUCGUAACCGCAAUAAUAAAAGUAAUAAAAAUGAGAGAAAUUCGAUCAACGUAAGAAAGGUUUAAAAUGAAUUGUGGAAUACGAGAUAUCUUCUAAAUAGGGUUUUAUUUUUCCAGUGGUAUAAUUACAUAGGAUUAUGAAUGGAUUUAUAGCUGUACACUGUGGUGCUGGAUACCAUAGUGAUACUUUAAGGAAAGACUAUCAAAAAACUUGUUAUACAGCAUGCAGAAAAGCUGGACAAGCUCUGAGAGAAGGCGGAAAUGCUGUUGAUGCUGUUGAAAAAGCUAUAGUUGAACUGGAAAAUAGUUCACUAACAAAUGCAGGCUAUGGUUCAAACUUAAGCUGGGAUGGCUUAGUUGAAUGUGAUGCAUCUAUUAUGAAUGGCCAAACCUUACACUUUGGUGCCUGUGGAGCUGUAUCAAAUGUAUGGAAUCCAAUAAAAUUAGCAAAACAAUUGUGCAUAAAACAAUGUGACAACCUCUCCCUUGGUAGAGUGCCACCUUGUAUACUUACUGGGAAAGGAGCCCGUACAUGGGCAGAGAGAAUGGGCUUGGAAAUAGUUGACGACAAAAAAAUGAUAUCAGCUCGAUCAUUUCGGAACUACAAGCACUGUAAAAGGAAAUUGAAAAGAUAUUCCUUACAAAACGAUGUGAGAUUCAGUCCUUUAGACACAGUUGGGGCAAUUUGUGUGGAUUCUAAUGGAGUUGUUGCAGCUGGAGCUAGUUCAGGAGGUGUAUCUCUAAAACAUGAAGGAAGAGUUGGUCAGGCAGCUUCUUUUGGCAGUGGUGUCUGGGCAGUCAUGAGUAGAGAUGGAAAAAAACCAUCUGUAGCUUCCUGUACUUCAGGAUGUGGAGAGCAUCUUAUUAGAACACAGUUAGCCAGAAACACAGCAGAGAGUUUGUUUGAAUCAUCACCAGUAUUAAGCUUAGAUAAAUGUUUAAAAGAAAAGUUUUUGGAAUCACCUUUCCUUUGGGAUAUCCCUGAGAGGCUGGGAGGAGCAUUAGCAUUAUCAUUCAAUCCGGAAAUAGGAGAAGGGGAAUUGUUAUGGGGUCAUACCACUAAGACAAUGUGUAUUGGAUAUAUGUCUACAGAGAUUGCCAAACCAAAGUGUAUUAUCUCUUACUUACCAUCAAAAGUGGAACCUGGACACAAAGCAGUAGUCUCUGGUUUACCAUUCAAAGUUCCCCUACAACCCUGCCCUGUUUUGCAAUGGGAAAUCAAGACUGAACAUCACUCAAAUGGAUCUCUUUGAUGUUAUAUUAUAAUUUUUAAAUUAAAGCAUAUUCACUGCCAUAACUUCUUUAAAAAAUAUUGACAUUAUGUUUACCCGGUUAGUCAUUAUUUUUGAUGGGUUCAAUGAUAAUAAUAACUUAGUGUUUAUUACACUUCAGUGAAUUAGUGAUUUGUGUGAAUAAUUUUUGAGUCUGCUGGUGAAAAUACUCUUAAUGUUCAUUAUCUGAUUCAGUUACUAAAAGGAAAUGUAAAUUAGAAGUUUUAAUUUCUAAAGUUGCUUCAGAAUUAAAACAACUCAAUUUGUUGAAGUGUAAUAAGAAGUUAGGUCUCAAUGUGAUAUAUAGUAAUUUUAUGAAGCUUUAAAUAUGGUUCAUUUUGAUACAAAGUACAACAUGCUUAUAACUUAAAAAUAUUGCAAUAAAACAUAGGACUGUGUUAUAUAAAAUUAAUAACUACCAUUAUAAUCUUUU